CUCCUCGCGGCUGGGCCCGGGUUGGAGUGCCCCGGUGGCCUCCGUGAGACCCGGCGGCUCCUCCGAGGCUGGGGUAGCUGCAGGAACGGCCCUCGGGGACCAGCCCCAGUGACCUUGACCUGCUCUGGAAUUUACUGUAAAUUCUUCUUGGUGUCGGUUAGAGAAAAUAACAAAACUCCUUCUGUUUCGUGUGGUCUUUUGCUGCAUUGGUAGCAUGGGCCUACCUGACUGCCCGUUUUUCACCUGUGCUUAGUGCAUGGCUGGAGGUGUGACACUGGCUGACUUCUUACAGCCGGGCCAGGGCAGCGACACAGAGUUGCCUGUGUCUUUAAGUAUUCGCGCCUUGCAUCACCGAGGCUUGCAAGCUUUCUCUGAGGUUUCUGGAGAGAUUUUCAACGGUCCAAGAACACCAAACACCAAGCUUCGGUGUUCUCUGCACGUUCCUAGAGCUGGGGCAUUCUCAGCUUGGUCGCAGUAACACUGAAACCAGACAGGCUGGGUGUCAGCAGGUGUGUAACUGCUCAGGCUAAAGCUUGGGUUUCUCCAUUUUGUGUUUUAUUUUAACUGAGUGAGAAUGUGCUCAUUUAUCCUUUAGGGAGCCUGUGUGUUGUGUGGCAGGUUGGUAGUGUCAUCCCUAUAAUUUUUAGCUGAGAUAGCCUUCCCUACUAGACGAAGGCAUAUCUUGAGCUUCUGGAGGUGUGAAAUAAAGCAGACAACAUCUCGCUCUUGUAGCAUGUGCUUCUCUGACAAAGCAAAUCCCAGGCUCAAGGGUACUGGUAGCCCCCAGGGACCCGUUCAUACCUCUGGCAAGAUAGAAAUAACUGAAGUGAAUUUCAUUUCAGUUUUGCUGCCCUGUUGCCAGGUCAUCUGUGUUUGGAAACCUAUUUUGGUUUGAAACCGGACACUCUUCAGAAACGUGUGUCCCUAGUUAGAAGUGCUGUGAAGCAAUAUAGGGUCUCAAUUUUGCUCAUUCUGUCGCUUAAGUUCCUGUUUCCAUACCAUUCAGUCACAAAGUGUGGAUUCUGCAGCUGGUGCAGGGCAACGGUCUCCUAUGGGAGCCUGUGUGCAGGGGUGAUUCCAGACAUGCCUUCGAUGGGGGUGAAAUGUGACACUGAAAUUCUUCCUGUUUGUGAUGGUGGCCUCCAAGGCCCUGAUGCUGAUUGCCACUGCAGGCUCCUGUUUUUCUGAUUGAAACUAUGUCCUAUUCCAUGAACAGAAAUAGAAAGUUGGCUGGGGCCGUGUCCGGUUCCCGGACGCGGUGGGAGCGCAGGCGUGCGUAGGAGUGCAGCAGGGUGGCUCCGAAGCAGCACACAUUGUGCCAGGAGUGCUGCCUGCCUUCGUAAAGGGAUGGAGUGACAGGCUGAGCAGGCGGACGAGGCUUUGAGCAGCGUGUCUGCCUUGGUUUAUGGGACUAUUUCCCACAGACUGCAGGCACUCAGUGAGGUAGUUGAUAUUUUUUUUCCAGUUUUGCCUUAGCUCAUACUUUUCUGCUUGUGGGAAGAGCAAACCAGUGUCAAAGUGCAGGGCUUGUAGCUGGAGGAAGAAACAAUAAGACCAUUCUCCCUCCACGUCCCUGGCUAUUUAACUUCAGAGCUUGACCCGCUUUGCUGGCAGCAUGAUGUUUCUGUGGCAAAUACAUUGCAAGGCCUGAUCUGGUCAUGUAUUCACCAGCUCUUGAACUUGUUGAAAAGGAGUACUGAGAGCAAAAAAUGGUCUAGAAAUUACAAUAAUGCAUUCAUUUCUGAAAGUGGGUUCUUCUGCUGUAUAUAUGUCCCAGCCAGAGCCCAGCAGUGUGUGUGGUCAGUCACCUCAGUGGAGCCAGCAGAAAAGUAUGCCUAGGAUAAACUAAUAAAGGCGGAUGAGCUACAAAGGAAAUGGGAGAGAACAAGCAAAAAGGAUCUAAACAGACAAACUUGGGAGUGCGGGCAGAAGGGGAGGUGUGUGUGACUGUGGGCACGGGCUGUGGGAAGAAGGCCGUGCCAGAAACUGGUGGUCCCAGAGGACCUCUGCUGCAGCUGGGCAUCAAGAUCUCUGGGACACUGCGCCUCCUGCCUUGAGGCAUGUCUGGUUUGAGGGUUGGGCAGCAUUCGGGAUAGAGCCAGCAGCAUGGUGGCUGCUUGUCGGAGAGUGCAUCCUGUCCAUCUCGUCCUUCAACCAUCCCACCCUGCUCUGCUGCUUGGGGCUGGUGCUGGCAGGAUGCAUGGGGACUUUUUCUGUUAGAGACACAUUCUUUCCCCACUGGCUUUGUCUGAGCGGCCCCACAGUGUUCUGAAACUUCUUCCUGCCCCAGAGCUCACAUCCGGCUUCCCUUGGCUGCUGGGGUGUGCUGGGGACUGGAUGUGGCCCCACAGCUGAGAACGACUUCCAGGGAGCAUGCUCCCAACUAAUGGGAAAAAUGUUCUUCUCAUUGUUUGGCCUGUUCCCAGAAUAACCCUGCAGUGAGUGGUUUGGCACAGGCAGCUUACUGCAGGAUGCUGACAGGCCAUAUCCUGGGCUGAGUGCUCGGCCACUGUGAUGGUAGGUGAGCGUGCAGGUCAAACUCACAUUGCUAAAGAGAAUUAAAAUAACAAGCUACCUAAUAUGGCUAUUUAUAGAAUCCUGCUCCUUAAUUUAAUCUCCUCUUUCACUGUUUGUUUUUUUCAUUUUUAAGUUAAAAGGUGCAAUGGAAAAGAAACCAAACUUUGUUGACACCCUUGGGAAGAAGUGCAGUGUAACUAAUGGUCUGUGUGAUUGCCGAGCCAGAGACUCCCCUCUCACCUGUGCGGAGUUCACAAAAACAUUUAUCCCAGUGUGCAAACAGACUGCUGCUGCUCCAUGUCUGUUCUGGAUGCAUCCUCAGUGCCACUCGUACAGCAGGAAGCUGCCCAGCGUGACUGGCCUGGUGUGGCAGGGCCUGGCCAUGCUGCAGUGGCCCCAGCAGGUUCACUCCCUGGGCAGGUGCUGUGCCUGCCAUCCCUGUCGGCUGCAGGCACGGGGCAGGGGAAGGUACUAGGCUCGCUGGCACGGAGCUUGGUGGCCCUUGCUGCAGCAGGUGCUGCUUGGGGCCCUACGCCGGUGCUGUGCCGUGUUGCCCCGUGGCAUCCACCACGGCGAGGCAGAAAGCCCCACGCCCAGUGCUGCUGCCAUAGAGGGGCUUUGUGUGAGCCAGCACAAAGUGAGGAUUGAUGCCGUCCCCCUCCCGCUCCUGUGCCGAGCAGGGCUGCAAAUGGCUCCCACAAAGGUGCCCUUCUUCCUUCGCUGAGGACGGGGUGCUGGUGGGCUGAGGGGGACUGCUCUGCGGCACCACGCUGUGGGUUGGAGCACCCACCUUCCCCCCGUCUGUGCUGGUGCCUGGGACCUCCUUGUCCUCAGCCUUUCCCAGGCUGACCUGGCAGCUGCUCCAGUUCCUGCCGGGGCAGCUGGCCCUCCCCGCAGCAGGCCCCAGCAUGGUGAGACGGGACCUGGGCAGUGUUCAGCAGCAGGCACUUCACGAGGGCACAUUUGGUGGAGGCUGCUGGCACCGUGUGAGCAGAUCUGCUUCCCCACAGUGCAGCUGCAGCUGUGUUGGAACCUGCCAUGUGGUGUUCUUAACACGCUGGGGAAUACCAUAAUUUACCUGGAUUUCAGUUCAGAAUGGCCUAAGAGAAGCUUAUGUCAGCAUUCAUUAUCUUCCAGCUCCUCCCAAUGGGUAGUAACAAGUCACCACACUGUUGAGAGUGACUUGAAAAAGUUUCAGAGAACGUUCGUGAAGAACAGAUUGAUCACUCCAUGAUGCCUGAGGUGCGAGACCUCACCGAUGCCUUGCCCGACCUGCCGAUGGAUCCCAUCACAGGCGUUGGUGUGGUCGCAUCCCGGAGCCGAGCACCGACUGGAUAUGAUGUAGUUGCACAAACAGCAGAUGGCUUGGAUGCUGACCUGUGGAAAGAUGGCUUAUUUAAAUCCAAGGUCACACGGUACCUGUGCUUCACCAGAUCAUUUUCAAAAGAAAAUAGUCAUUUAGGCAAUGUCUUGGUUGAUAUGAAGCUUAUUGAUAUCAAGGACACUUUACCUGUAGGCUUCAUCCCCAUCCAGGAGACCAUUGAUACACAAGAAAUAGCUUUCAGAAAGAAGAGGCUGUGCAUUAAAUUCAUCCCUCGAGAUUCUACAGAGGCAGCGAUCUGCGAUAUCCGAAUCCUGGGGAGAUCUAAGCAAGCCCCUCCUCAGUACACGUUCAUAGGGGAGCUGAACAGCAUGGGUAUUUGGUAUCGGAUGGGCAGAGUGCCCCGCAAUCACGACUCCGCACAGCCCGCGGCUCCUCCCGCCCCAGCACCAGCUUCGACACCCGCUCCCAACCUGCCAAGGCAUAUCUCGCUGACACUCCCAGCCAGCUUCCGGGGGAAGAGCCACAGCACCCGCCUGGACUUGGAGCACCAGCACUCCAACCUGUACGCCAUCUCAGCAAUGGAUGGAGUGCCUUUUAUGAUUUCGGAGAAGUUUGCCUGUGCUCCUGAAGGGAUGCAGCCGGUUGAUCUCUUGGGUAUUACAAUCAAAACCCUUGCAGAAAUCGAAAAGGAGGCACGGGCAUUGUGGCUCUGUGGGUCUGUGCUCCACGGUUCCCUCUCUCUGCUUUGCCCCACAGUACGACUACAGCUUCCGGACGGAGCAGAGCGCGGCGGCCCGCCUGCCGCCCAGCCCCACCCGGUGCCCGCCGGUGCCGCCGUCCUGAGGGGCCGCGGUGCUGGAGCGUGUGUGCGUGCAUACUACUGAGCAGGACACAGCGAUGGAACCAGCCUGGCCCCCACGUGUCCGGCCACCGCCACCACCCUGCGCUGCACCAGCCCCUGCACACACCGCUCCACACAUUGGGACCGCGCGACCCUUCGGCAGCUGCCCCCUACCCCCGCCCCCCUGCUGCUGCAGACCCCUCUCCACGUGAGUACAGGACUGGGAGCCUGACGCAGCCCCUUGCUCAUCCCCACUUUGUAACCCUGCUGCAGGACAGUCAACAGAAUCCAGAGCUGUAGCAGACCUCUGCAAACACAGCUGGGAGCUUGUGGAGCAUUGAGAAAUCUUAGCCCUAAAAGGAAAAAAUAAAAGGCAUGGCUGGGUACUGCCACACGAGCUGCCAUGGAGCUGCCUGGCUCUCAACACCUUGCAGCAGGAGGGUCCUGUGGCACUCAGUCCAGUGCAGAACUGAGCUGCAGUGAAUGCCAAUCCCUCUGCCAAGGUCUGGGCACAGAAGUUCUGCUGUGGCUGGGAUCAGUCACAGAUCCACUGUGGUCACUGGAUUUGCUGUAGGCUGAGGGAGCCAGGGCCCCUGGCUCUCCCUGGGCACUGGCAGGGCAGAGCAGGUAGAGUGCUCAAGGUGCACUGCAGGUCCCGAGAUGAAGCACCUCUGCUUUGCACAGGUUGUCCAUCUGUCUGUAUGGAUCCGUGGCAGCAAGCAUCCCCUGUUUCUUUCUGGAUGGAUGCUGGCAGUGGCAUCCUGGCAGGCCCUGGCAGUGCCCCACUGACCCCAGCCAAGCUGCCUGUGGAGGCGGGGCCCUGCUGACAACUGGGAUGCCAUCACCUGCCCGUCGUUGAGACAGUUCUCUUAACAUGUUCCCCUCUAGCUGCUAAAACAAAAGAGAUGUGCCUGUUUCCUGGGCAUUCAUGGGGAAGCACUGAACACUGACAUGGCACAGGAUGAGAGUGGGAUGCAUUAAACCCUGACCUCUGCCUUCCUGUGAUUGCUGACUGGGCUUGCUCCCAAGCCAAACGCAUGUCUUGAAGAAGUCCGUUGCUGUAAUAAGUUAUUUACAAGUGCCCAUCUGACUGUGCUGCUCUUUCAAGUCUCUGCUGUAGAACAAAGAUACAUCAUGGCAGCAAAAUGGCAAUUUUUGAGUAAGUUAAAACGUACAAUUUUUUGUAUUGUAAAAUACUGGUUCCCUGACCCCACUGAAAUGCAAUUGCCAUGGUAACAGUUGCAGUGUUGUUGCUCUCAGCCUGGGUCGUACAUGUGCCCCGACCCACUUUGCACUCACUUGGAUUGAUCUGGCAUUUGCUAGUGGCACAGAAUGGUGACUAACAGCAGCUUUUGUACUGUCAGCUAAUAUUUUUUAUUUGUACAUAAGUAAAAUAAGUCUUGUCCAAAGAUUCAUUUCUGGUUUUAAGGCACUGCACUGUACUGCUGGGAUAAAGAGCACAAAAUACCGUGACCUUUGGGACAAACUGAGUCCAGAUCUUUGCUUCAGCUUCUUCCAAUCAGGUAAAUAAUUUUCUGGAGCUGCCUCUGUAGAGCGGCCAUGUGGUUGGAGAGCAGAGGCCAAUUUGGUUGCAUGUGUGUUGUUUUUGGGCAAAAGAGUUAAAGCUGUGCACCAGCUCUGGAGCCCUCGAGCGACCCCCUGGAAGUGCUCAUUUACUUGGAGCUUGCACCACCAUUUUUAGUUAUUUAUCCUGCAGUAAAGAAAAGCCAGAUCUCACUGCCAGGCUUCACAAAGGCCAGAUUGAUGAUGCCGACAUCGACAAAUGAACAUACCAUGGCAGCUUGGUCAUUCGGCUCAGGUUCACUUCAAGUUCAAAUCCACUCUAUGCUGUAGUGCUGUGCCCAUCUCAUCCAUCUUUUGUCUUUCUAUUUUUCUGCUUGUAAUUUGUUUUGUAGUUUUCUGUGACAUCCAUUUAUAGCUUCUCCCGAGGCUCAGUGGUCACGGCAGGUAGGCAGGAGCCAUCUGCAGCAGUGCGUUCCUCAUAGCUUUGGGAUGAGAGCUGACCUUCCCUGUUCAUGGUGGAGGAACGAGGGCUGCAGACUAGCACAGGGCACAGCACAGCCAGCAGUCUGCAGAGCUCCACGGGCAGUGCCUGCCACUGGGAGAUGGAGAGACAGCUGUCAGGAGCCCCUCCUCGAGCCACCUCUGCCUGUGUGAGGGCAGGGUUGCCUGCGCAGCGGCCGGGGGGCUCAGCAAGGAGCAGGUUCUGAGAGCCACCGAGUGCCACGUUCAGUGCCACACUCCCUGGCACUGGGAGUGCCUGUGUCUGAGAAAAUGGGUGCAGAGCUUUGAGUCCCUUGUGUAAGAGAAAAUCAAUGCUUUAAUAUUUACACCAACGGCUAGGUUUGCUCAGCCUUCUUGGACAUAACAAGCUCUGCUCUGCAACGACCUACAGGAAACACUGGAUACUUGAAACACUGGCAGGACACGCAGCUGGGACAGGCAUCUGCAUCUUCAGGAUGUAUUUGUAUACCUACUUCUCCCUCUUUAACACUGAGCCAGCAAAGCUGCUUCGGGACUCACCUGCAGAGAACCUUGAGAGGAGUUUGCUCUCCAUAGUGUGGUCCUGCACCACGGCACUGCAGGGACAGCCUGUUCCAAAUGCACACAGGACAGAUGCAGUUCCUGUGGGGCAAACACAAUCAAGGUGUUUUGAACAAAAAGCUGCAGCUGCUGAGAGCCAGCUGAGCUCUAAGCCCUGCUAACCACAGGCUGGAAAACCAGGCAGUUCCAAAAGGGAGAGGGCUCAGAUCCAGUGCUUGGAAGCACAGCAAGACACAGUGCAGGGUGGUUGACUGUGUCAGCUUCUCAGUCCACUGAUCAGAGGAAGCUUUUUUUAUUGCACUGCUGAAUUCCCGAGAUCUGGAGUGUCAGGUCAGCAUUUCCAUGGGAAGGUUUUAUUGGCUGUUCCAUAACUUCUGUACUCACGGCAGCUUCAUUGCAAGGCUGGUCCUUGCAUCCUUAUGGUGAGUCCUCCGUGCUGGCGUGUGCCAUGGCCAGCAUCAGCAUCUCUCUGCAUCUUCCUCCCUGGCCGAGAGGCGACUGUGGAAGAAUUGGCCCAGGCAAUAAAUGUUCAGAGAGUCUGAUGCGGAUGUUGUCUGGCUGUGGAGAAGCCUUCUGGAGCAUAAGGGGAGGGGAGGAGUCAGUGGAAAGCAACAGAAGUGGAUUUGCAGAGCUUUACCAGAUGUUCUUGGCUACCUUGCCUGAAUUUGUAGAACAAAACUGGUCUCUGGGUAGUUUAAACUUGUGGCUGAUGGAGAAGUUAGUUUGCCAAAUUAAUAUACAUCUGCAACAGAGACAGAAAAGCAGCAGUGAGGGGUUUGCUUACUGUAAAAUACACCUUCUGAUGUGAAUUCAUAGUGACACGCUGCCUCCUGGAUUCCUCACGGCAAGAAGCUGGUCGUGUGCCGAGGUGACUCGUGGCCACCCCGGCCAGGCUGUGCUGUCUGCUGUGUUAAUUAUGGAAAGGCAAGAAGUUAGUUCAGAAAGUGAUGUAGAGUGUGAACUUUGUGAUAAAAUUCAAGUGUGAAUAGUUGUAGCAGGUGUCUUCCCUUAUGGGAGCACCUCGUAUCUGUAGUUCCAUACGAGUAAACUGUGUCAGACUUUUCCUGUGACUGUCCCUGCGUGUCCCCAUAGUGUUUGUUGGAGGUUUCCCGGGAGCCUCGUGUGCAGUGAGAGGUUGUUGGUAGUCUGUAGCAUUGGGCUUGUUUGGUUUCACACCCAGCACUGCCCCCUCAGUGUCCUGAGCUCUCCAGACUGAACCCACAUGCCACCAAGCCUGGAGAAUUCCUGUCGUGGGCACUGCAUGUGCCAGGUAGGUGCUAGUGGCAAGAGGAUGCCUCCACAGGCCUUGGCGCCUCCUCUUCUGUGGGGCCUGAAAUCUCCUGGGAGGAGGGAAAACGGGAUAGAGCUGGCUGGUUCCGUGUUGGCCUUCACCUCCCUGCUGCUCCCCAGGUGACUUCGGGUCUGUCGCCCCAGAUGUGCCCGCGGCCGCUCUCCCGUGGCAGCCCCAGGAGCCCUGAGAGCUGUUCCUGCUCCUCCCAAAGGGCAGGCACACCUCACUACAUCCAAACGAUUACCUCAGCCUUGGAGCCUUGACGAACAGCCGGGAAUCCCUCCCAGCAGCAGCAAACCCCCUGCAGCAGGGCAGCCGAGCGGGCUGGUGUCAGCCAUCCCGAGCCUUAUCGCCCGGGCUGUGGUACAGAAAGGAGGAGGGAGAGGCUGCUCCUCUGCUCACAAACAAGCUCAGUGAGGUGCUGCUCGGUUCAUUCACCACAGGGAAACCAAACACUUUGGAUAUUCUGGUCAUUUGUUGUGAAAUUGUUUCCUAACAGCAACAGAUUUAAAUGGUAUCAUGCAAAUGGUAGAGAGAAACCUUUUAUGCAGUUGCAAAGUGGUUUUCUAAGAUGGUUGGGUUACUGAAAGUGAUUUUACUGUGCAUUAAUCUUAUGAAUGUUACUAUGUUUUAUAUUUAUUUUAGAUGACCCUCCUGUAUUUUACAAAGGGAAGUUUCAUUGUGUGAUAACUCAGUCUGUAUUCUUAAUAUAAUUUGUUAAAUGAAACUUGUUUUAAUCAGAUAA